GCUCAUUGAUACGGGGAAUUACAGGAAUUACGCCCUGCAUGAAGUCUUCAUUACUAACGACUGGUACUGUUUCGGUUUUCAAGCCCUGCAGCGAGGAUAGCACCCCAGUCCACCGUUUAACUCCUGAACAAAGUUUAUUACUUUAAUGAUGUUUGUCUUAGCAGCAUAAGCAUAAAUGCACUUUCUAGGACCGAAUACAAUUUAUAUUGUAUUAUGCGAAUUAUUUAAGACUAUAAAGUGGGGUUUCUGAUACUUCGAAAAGUGAAAGUAAGAAAAUAUUUUUUGUGGAGAGGUGCAGCGGUGAAAAGAGGCAAGGAGAGGCUGGGAAAAUCCGUCAGAGGAGGCGCUGCCCUUCAGAUUCGGCACAUUGGGAAACUACCGCAGCUGAACCAAAGGCGACGCCCCUUGUUAAAAUGAAUCAACCAACUUCUGCAGAUAUCCGAGGGAGUGAAUUGGAACGAGGAAUAACAUCGUUUUAUAUUUGAUGUUUGAAAGAUUGUGUUUGAACUCGCAAAGUGCAUUUACAAUUCCCAUACCAUGAGCAAGAAGAAGAAUAUACGCAAAAUGUUUUUCAAGAACAUCAAAAAGCGCCUUAAUCCCAGCAAAACCGGCAAUAAAAAGAAUCGCAUCGAGGAGAUGGAUCCUCUACUGAAGAAGGACGACCCACCAAAUCCAAACUACAUGGGCAUCAAUGAAACUCCGCUAAUAGGACAGAUGCUUCAGAAUGGCCAGCUGAGUGAAGCUUAUCCACUGAUAUGUGCCUUGGACCGUAGCCAUCGCAAGACACACUUUGAGGUUAUGCAAAAACAGUGGAAUAGACUGAUUACUGAGGUCUUCAGUGGAUACACUGCAGACCCUAAAAAGCUGCAGUCUGCUCUUCAGGUGAUCCAGAUGGGGAAAAGCUAUGAUUCUGGCUUAGAAGAUCACUUGGAAGGAGAAGAACUCAUGCCACACAAAUGGUGGGCAGAAUGCAUCAAACUGAUUGAAAAGCUGGUGAUAACUGGCGUUCCUCAGCUGACCUCUGACCAACAGGGGAAUGGGAUUAAUGGCUAUUUGCAAACCGUGCAGGCAUACAUGCUCCAGGAGCUGCUUAGACUUACUCCUCUUCUCCAAGGAACUUGGGUGCUUCAAUUGUAUGCUCACUAUCUACACAAAAGCAUCUUUGAACAGCUGAACAAAGCACUGGAGAGAGCCAUGCUAAUCAGUGACUGCUUCAUCCUACUCUUCUGGACCAUGAGGACAUAUAAGAGUGAACAUCUUUUGGGCCAUCAGAACCUGUACCAGUAUAAAGAUCUGGAUCUAGACAUGGUGCUGUUCACCAGCUGGUUUACAAAGGCACAGGACAAGCUUCUACAGUGCAUCAAGCUGGAAGUCUCAGAGACCUUGGAGAAGAUAUUGCAGAAUGAAUAUUCAGCCGAAGCUACUCCAGAUGAAGAGAAGUUUAUCCAGUUUCACCUGGACAUUAAGCUGUUCCUGAAUGGCCUGAUAAAGGAAGCCCAGAAGAUCAGCCAGGAAAUGAAGAAGUGUGUGCAAGUGGCCUGUGCCAGGGAGCUCCUGUUAUUCGCUGAAAAGUACCAUCCCCUUAACAACAAAAACAUGAAAGAGAACACUCCAUCCAGAGAAAUCUAUUUGAUGAAGGCAAUCAACAAUUUGAUUAAUUUAAGGCUGUAUUUAGGAACCCUGAUUGAUGAUCCGGAGGACAGCAUCUUCAGAAGGGUCGAGUCUUCCCUCAAGAUGACUGAGGAGCAGGCAGUGAACAUCAUGCUCAGUGAAGAGGUCUUCAAGUCACAGACCCGCUUUAAGAAGUAUUUCAAAGGGAAAGGGCGUCAACUGAAUGAAAUGGCAGAGGAGAUUGUAGGUCGCCUGGGGCGUCUUCAGAUGCAGAACCAUGAUGCCUAUAAGGUCGUGGUGGCCAGUGCUUAUGAGAGAAUGUGUUCAGAGUAUUUGAUGGAUUUGCUGGCCACUAUCAAUAGUUACAAUUGUCUGCUGAUAUGGAACAAUAACGAGCAGAGGAUGAGACAUGAUGCUGAAUGUUUGCUACAGUGCUUCUCUAGUCUGGACGCAGGCUUAAGAAAUAACGGCCAAAUGCUUUUCCAUGUUGCAGAGCUGCUGCAGCUCAAAGAAGUGUCCAACAUCAUGUUGGUGGCAACUACAAUGAUGCAAAACUUUCCCCAGUUAAGUGAGAAAAUAUUGAAAGACAUCUUGGCACUCAAGCAGUUGUCCAAAUCUGAGAGAGACUCCAUCCUGGAAGCUGUGAAAGAGCACAACCACCAUCUUAUGAAGAACAAGGAGGGCAGUCGGCUGCCAGCGUGCCUGGCAUGGCUGCUCUCCUGCUUUUGCUGUUGUUUUGGGAAGAAGAAGACAGUUGGUCAAACGCUGCAUUCCCAUCUUAAUCCACAUGUGUGACUUGGGUGUGUCUACUGCUUCAUUCCACAGAAAACUGACCAGGAGGGCACACUGCUGACCAGAGGACAUAUCUGUUUUAGUUAUGAUGCACAUCUUGAAUGAUGGUGACCAAAUUACACUUUUGCUCGAUCCUGUGGAUUCUCCAUAAUUCUUAGUUGUCUUUAAUAGCCAAGCCUGGUUACAUCUGAUGAAAGACUACACAUCUGGAUGGACAAACGGAUUAACAAUUGUCCAGUGGCACAUCUUAAAGAGACGAGUCUUCUGCUUUGAGCUACGCUUGCCAUGUUAAAUGGCUUGUGUUCUAAGAAAUGGAAGUGGCGCAAUGGGAACUUGGCAGUUCCAACUGAAAGCCGGCUGCCACUGAAGUAAUGGCCCAGAGUUUGAAUGCUGAAACUCCAUGCACUGGUAACUUGCACUCCCUCUUGUUUCAUGAAGGUGUUGAAUACAAACACUGCUUGACCUGCUGCUGAGAGCUUGUUGGUUACUUGGCUUAUGGCACUUGUGUUUUAUUUGAGCGUUGUUGGAGAGACUUGUAACAGUCGAUCUUGAAGGUGAUUGCUUCUGUGGUGGUCUUUGGUGUACACUGUCCAGAAUUCUCUUGCAGACAUGGCAGCAGUGCACCGGUCACAGACUAGCUGAGAUGGCUCCCUGGGUGAAAUACAAGCCGAUGCCCAAGGCAUUUCGGCCCCCUUCUUUGUAGAUUUUGGAGAAUAUUGACAUUAACAUGUACAGAAGAAUAGUCUGCCUCACAGUAUAAAGGAAGGAGACUUUAAAAGUGACCAGAGGGAACUGGAAAAACUCCAUAAAUAGGACAAUGUACAGCCUAUCUAAAUACAGGGACUGACUGUUGGCUGUAUUGACAUUUUAAGUGCAAUAAGUGGACUGGUUUGAGAAAGAUGCCACCAAUAUGGCUGGAGAAGUCACUGUCCACAAUAUAAAUUUCCAGAGGAAUAGUGUGUUUAAUUCAAGGAGGAAAAUGGACAUAAAUAUAUGGACUGAGUGACCUUGAGGUGCGUUUAGGCACAGCUCUUCUAAUCAAAAAGGAAAGCAUGAAGAAUUGCAGCCACUUUAAAUACAGAUAAUAAAGGAAAGACUACAAGGUGGCCAUGGGGACGGCCUCUCUACUGGCACUGGUAGUUGGCUAACAAAAUUGAAAGGGUAAACUUAGGGUUACAAGAGUGACCUUACAAAACAAUGAACAGGGCAGGGCUGGUGUUGAUGUCAAUGUGCCCAGAGGGAGCUCCCAUAAAUGCUGACAGACGAACUGAUGCCAAUGUAUAUCUAAACAAUGGGUGAUGAGGGUCUGGAGCCUCUCCAAACACUAGACAGGUGACAUAUGUUUAAAGUAACGGAGGGACAGGCCCUGUGUGCAAGCACUGAAAUGAUGCCAGUGAUUGCUUGUUUACAUGUUUGAUUUUGGGUAAUAAAUUGUUUGGAUAUUU